AUGCCUGAGAAGAAGAAAGACGACGAUUCACUACUUCUUCGACUUCGUCAACUAACUAAAGGUCUAUGGUAUAUCAGUGAAGCGGACUAUCCUCUCGAACCUGUGAGCUUCCCAACUCCACUCAGCAACAAACGACUCAUCGAAUUUGCUCAACCACAGUCACCAACAGGAACACGUGUGGAACGACAAGAUUUAACAGAAUUCUUGAGAUAUUACACUUCAGAAGACAAUGCGGAAGCACUUGGUGAUCCAGCGUUGACACGAAGGUUUCAAGCUUUGGAAUCAUUUCUAAAACGGGAACUAGAACAUGUCUAUGUCUAUCGAAUAGGUGACGAACCAAGAAUAGUCAUCUUGGCACUUGGAACGACAAAAGACGGACAACGACUUGUUGGCUUCCGAACUGUAUCCAUUGAAACAUGA